UUUUACGGCAAUGAUGUAUGCUGUAUGCUGUAUGCUGUAUGCUGUAUGCAUCGACGACCAUGAUCUUAUCCAACGGAUGAAAAUCGCCGGCCCUCUCUCUCUCUUUCCCAUACCCAGAGAACGGAAAAUGUAACGAACUCGAAUGUCGCCUGCAAGUGCGAGUCCGUGGCACUGUGACUUCCGGCGAAACCAGACGACAGAUCACUACCAUAACCAAUAACCAAUCCUAUACCAUCAGGCCCAUCCAUCACUCUUCAAUCCUCCGUCCGUCAUAAACCCUUGCUCUAUUCAACGGCCGGCGACGAUUCACGAAGGCCUCCGGCUCCGGGAGGUGACGGCGGCGGUGUCUGAGUGGACUCGCCUCUGAAUCGCUCUCUUCCCGCAGUGUCUCAGAUUGCCGGCCGCGCAAUCCAUACGCGAUAUACGUAGAUUGAUUGUUGUAGAAAAGAGGUGUGGUGAUGAGAGGGAAUCUGCUGGGGCGUCGGACGGCGCAGAGGCUGCGGCAGGUGGCGAUCUCGGCCGUCGGAUCCGUCAAGAUCAGGUUGUUGCUCUCUUGCUGUAUGAUCUUCACGUUGUUGGCCUUAGCUAGCCGUACGGCUUCGUUUAUGGGCUGGACGGAUCGCACUGCUUCUCUCAAUCGAUUCACUGGUCCGAGGAAAGGAUAUACACUUCUGAUAAACACCUGGAAAAGAAAUGAUCUCCUGAAACGAUCCAUUUCUCACUAUACUUCAUGUCCUAAGCUUGAUUCUAUACAUAUAAUCUGGAGUGAGCCUGAUCCUCCAUCAGAAUCUCUCAUUGAAUUUCUAAACCACAUUGUACAGUCCAAUUCUAGAAACGGUCAAGACAUUGAGUUGAAAUUUGAUAUCAAUAAAGAAGACAGUUUGAACAAUAGAUUCAAAGAAAUUAAGGAUUUAAGGACUGAUGCUGUCUUUUCAAUUGAUGAUGACAUCGUAUUUCCAUGCUCUUCGGUUGAAUUUGCUUUCAGUGUUUGGCUAAGUGCACCAGAUGCUAUGGUGGGAUUUGUGCCCCGCAUCCAUUGGAUUGAUAAAUCAAAUGGCGAUGCUGGCCGUUAUAUUUAUGGAGGAUGGUGGUCUGUAUGGUGGACGGGUACGUACAGUAUGAUACUCUCCAAGGCAGCCUUUUUCCAUAAAAAAUAUCUGAGUCUAUACACAAAUGAUCUGCCAGCUUCCAUCAGAGAAUAUGUAACCAAAAACAGGAACUGUGAAGACAUUGCAAUGUCUUUCCUUGUAGCAAAUGCAACUGGUUCUCCUCCAGUAUGGGUGAAAGGCAAGAUAUUUGAGAUCGGUUCAACAGGAAUUAGUAGCUUGGGAGGUCACAUCGAGAAAAGGUCUGCAUGCGUCAACAGAUUUGUGGAGCACUAUGGAAGAAUGCCCUUGGUAUCGACUUCCAUGAAAGCCAUGGACAGCCGCAGCAUCUGGUUUUGGUGAUUCCUAGUUUUCUGCUCGUAGCCUUAGAUUGCUGAUUUCCCCUCCACAUUUUCCUGACCAGGUAACCGAUUCUGAACAGUUUCCCAAAUUUAGUAAUAUUCGAAGUUCAUCACAUGUUGUUGUAUAUUAGUUCCAAAAAAGAAGCUGAAGCUGAAGCUGAGCAGGCUUAUACGGUUAACUUAGAGAUAUGGUUGCCGUGCUUUUUUAGUAGUAGUAGUAGUAAGCGUGUAGAGCCUACUGUUCUAACCCUUGGAAUAUUUUUUCCCUAUCAAGGGUUCCGUCCACAUGCACGUUUUCUGCUACUUCUUCUUCUUCUUCCUCUUCCAUUGUUCAAUCAAAUGUUGGACCCAAUUGAUGGUUGCUUCCUGG